CGGCGUUUGGUUGACGCCUUUUCAUUUCCUGACAUUCUUGUCUGUGACUGCCUUGCUGUCUUUCGAAGAAAUGAAAAUUGCAAUUUAUAAUUAGCCAAAAAGAAUUUUCUUGUUAUCAUUUAUAGUGAAAAACCUAAGAAGAUGAACCGCCAAGUGGAUGUAAAAGCGCUAGUGUCCCACAUAGUGAGAGGCGAUGGCUUGGACAAAUGUCGAAUUUGUAUGGGAGACACCACAGAAGGCCAAGUUUACCUCGGCGACACGGUCAUGAUGGAUGGAGAACGACCGGUCUCGCUUGCUGAACUACUGGAAAUAAUCACAGGCAUCGAGAUAACAGAGGAAUCCCUCUGCCCCAACGGCGUGUGCGCAGCCUGCACCGCGCACGCCAUCGCGGCGCAAGAGUUCCGCACCCUCGUCGCCGACUCCCUCAAGAUAUGGUCCUUCGCCGUCAAGCAACUCGAAGUCAUCCCCCUCAACCACACCCCCACCGUCAAAUCCCUCUGCGCCUUCAUCAGAUCGGACAAUCUAAACAUACAAAUAGCCAAAGACUACACCAUCAAUGAAAAAACAACUCCCCUAAACAGACUUAAAAGCAGAAUGAAUAGAAAGAAAAGUGAUGAGAGAAAACCGAGAGUGCACCGCGCAGGGCCGCCAUGUAAAUGCACAGACUGUGGGAAGGAAUUCAUAAGUCCGUAUUAUUUGAACGUGCAUUUUAAAAAUAGCGGUCAGAAAGACGCUUGCAUAACCUGUGGGGCUAUUGUUCUUAGGGGCAAACAGAUGAGAGAUCAUUUAGUGAAAGUCCACAGAGAAACAGCGUUCGUAUGCAAGGAAUGUCCUGCGAUAUUCAACAAUGAAAUUGAAGCUAAGAAACAUGAGAAAAAGGCGCAUAAAACUGGUUUCACGUGUGGUGAUUGUGGACGUACGUUCCCAAGGAAUGCGUCUUUCGAGACUCACGCGCAAAUGCACGCUGUACGCACUUGCAGGACGUGCGGCGUACAGUUCACCAACAGAGCGUGCUAUAGAGAACAUAGAUCCAAAUGUGAACCAGAUGCGAAACCUGACAGAGACACCGUACCGAGAAACAGGCGCUCGAACAUUCGCGACCCAGCUCAAUUCACCUGCGACUAUUGCAAGAAAACUUACACGUCCCGUCCACAACUGAAGAACCAUAUACUAUGGAUACAUAUGGAUGUGCGUCCACACCAGUGUCAAUGGUGUGGAAAACGUUUUUAUACACCAGCGAGGUUAGCCGAGCAUAGUGUUGUACACACUAGGGAGCGGAACUUCGCUUGUGACAUCUGCGGAGCGAAAUUAGUUUCCAAAAUGGCCGCCGUGUACCAUAGACGCCGUCAUACUGGUGAGAAACCUUAUCGCUGCGAAGACUGCGGCGAUUGCUUCAUAUCUGCUUCAAGGCGUUCGGAGCACGCUAAAAGGAAGCACGGGAAAGGUCCAAGACUGCACUGUACUAGGUGUCCGUCAAGUUUCGUUCGGAUUCACGAGUUGCGGAGGCAUAUUGAGAAAGCACAUAGCCACGUCGUGCCUGUAUAUGCCUUUCCAAAAACAGAAGUUUCAGAGAGCUAAUAGAAUAGUAUCGUGACUUGGUUUAGUGCUGUGAUAUUUAAAAAGUUUUCACAAACUCUCGUGCCUGGAAACGUAAUGACUUUAGUGGUUUCAAGCUUAGAGAAUAUAACCAACGGAGUGGUCAUUAACAGGCGUUCCCCUCUGUCGAAAAUAGGCGGCCAAUGGUCAACCACAUGUAUGGACUGACGUUUAUCUGACAUGGCUAUGUUUACGUUACGUAUACAUUUGAUGUGCCCCUCCCCCGCAAAAAACGGCAGACUAUUUUGUACCGAAAACUAUAGACAUGGCGUUGGUUAUAUCCUCUAAGGUUUCAAGUUAUAUUGUUUUCAAGUAAGACUUUAAAACAGUCAACAACACUUAGCAUUCCUAUGGUGUAAAAGGUUUUCACUCUUAAAUCGAUAAUGUUUCAUAAGAAGAAGUAUGAAAGAGGUAUAUCUAGUAUGGAGAAAAAAAAGUUUAAUUUGUGUCAAAAAAAUCUUGUAUUAUAGCUCCAUCACUUCUAGAACUGCCAUCAUUUGUAGAACUGCCAAGUUUAGUGCAAAACUCUUUUUAUAAAACAUUUGUUUUGUCAGAAUAAACUACGUUUCCAUUUA